AUGAAGAAGAGUGAAACUUUCUCUUCGAGUGCUAAAGCUCACGCUGAAAUUGUUGUCGCGCAAAAUGUUGCUGAAAAAAAGAGCGACAAAAAUGAUUCAGACGUAAACGACUCAGACAAAAACAACAAAUCCAAAUCCAUCCAAACGCACGUCCUCUUGUUCCUUUCGCAACUGAACUGGAUGGGAAUGCACAUCGUCUUCGCGGUCGCCUUGAGAAGUUCAACGAGAGCGAUGGUUUUAUCCUUUUACAGAGAGAUGUUGGCGUGUGUUUUACUGACGAUGUAUUGUUUUUAUGUCAGACAGAGGAGGAAGAAGAGGAAAAGGAAGGAGAUGACGACGGAUGAGAUGACGACGGAGGUGGUGGUGACGGCGACGGCGGAACAGGCGAACGAUGAUGCAACAAAGAAGACAAAAGAUGAAAAUGGGGUGACAUCGAUGCAAAUAGUCGCAGUUUCCAUAGUUUUAGGCGCAAUAUUAGCUCUGAUACGAGGAUCGGUAGUCUUAGCGAACGCGAACGCGGGGCCGGACGUGACCUCGGCGUUGGUUUUGACGACGCCCGUGUUGACGUUUUUCUUCUCGGCGUUGUUGCGAGUGGAACACUUUUCGUUUCGAGAGGUGAAUCGAGAGCAUCCGGAAAACGUGAUGAAAGUUUUGGCGAUUUUGUUCGUGACGAUUAGCGUUGCCGUCGUGUGUUCGUAUAAAGGUGCGUUGAUGUUUGGGGACCCGAAAGAGUACGAAGCGCCGAACGUUGUUGUCGGCGCGAUAUGGAUGUUGACCAACACGUUGGCGAGCUCCGUGGCGAUUGUCAUGCAAAAAAUGAUUAUAAACGCAAAGAUACCAAUCGAGGUAGUCAACGCGGCGAUGACCGGUAUAGGCGCGUUUUGGUUACUCAUCGUUGGUUUAAUCGCCCACGGAACCGCGAAAGAUAUUUGGACGUUAUCUUCCGAUGGUUUAUACGCCGUGCUCUUCGGCGCGUUCUUUCCGAGCGCGAUGAAUUUGAUCAUUUUCGCAAAGAGUUCGAAACUUUUAGGCCCAAACAUAACUGCGAGGUACUUUUUGUUACAACCUGCGAUGACGUGGGCGUUGGAUUAUUUGGUUCUGAAAGACGCGGUGUACGAAUCUUACGUGAUAUGUGCUGUUUUCUCGGCUAUGGCUAUGAUGUCCUUCGCGAGCGCGAAUUCGUUUGUCCGAAAUACGACGAGUAAGAAGGAAGAAGAAAGAGAAGAGGAAAUGUAG